AUGUCACUUGUGCGAGGUUUAGAAAAUAUCAGUAGUGAUAGGUUAACGUAUUCUUAUGGCUUCAAUUACGACGUCGAGCGAAAGAAGAAGCCUGACGACGCCAAGCGAAAGAAGAAGCCUGACGACGCCAAGCGAAAGAAGAAGCCUGACGACGCCAAGCAAAAGAAGAAGCCUGACGACGCCAAGCAAAAGAAGAAGCCUGACGACGCCAAGCGAAAGAAGAAGCCUGACGACGCCAAGCGAAAGAAGAAGCCUGACGACGCCAAGCAAAAGAAGCAUGACGACGCCAAACAAAAGAAGAAGCAUGACGACGCCAAGCAGAAGAAGAAGCCUGACGACGCCAAGCAGAAGAAGCCUGACGAUGCUAAGAAAAAGAAGAAACAUGACGGCAGGGAGCAGCGGGACUCCUCCAGGCGCUGA